GCCGAGCCGCAGAGCUAGUUCAGCUCUGAAUGACAAUGCAUAUACGCUUCAUGAGCGACAAAGAAAGACCGGCAAAAUUUAUGACUGCGAGGAAGGGGGCAAGACGUGGUCGCAAACGGCGCAGGAGUCGUCAUACGACCCCGGGCUGCCCGGCGUGGGCACGAGCGGGACGUUCCACCCCGCUCUUCGAAGAGGAGGACGAUAAUGAAGACGCGGAGGACAUCUUCCACUCGCAGCACUCACACACGCGCAACCCAUCCAGCAUGUCUCUCCUAGUGUCCCCACCGCCGCCAUCAGCCACACCCUCACUGAGGCGUGCGGGACAAUCUGAGAGGCCGAAUCCGGACCUGACUUUCUUCCAGCGGAUGAAGAAGUAUGGACGCGGGCUGCUGAAGAGGCCCGAGUACAGGGCGGGGCGCGUAUGCCUGCGCGCUCCGGACACGCCUCUUUGCGAAUGCUGCGCUAUAGGCGGAGGCAGUUAUGAGAUGGUUAUUGGCGUGAUCAAACAUGGCUGGCGAGCGUUUGGACAUCGAACAUCCGGUUUCCUGCCGCUUGCCGCCACCGUCCUCAUUGAUCGGGAAGAAGAUGGCGGUGCGCUUCGUCAAUGUGAAUCUGAUAUCCCAAUCCACGUGCGGUAUGACGCGGAUGUGGACACGUGUUCCAGCAGGCGUACGUCUGUUUCACGCGUCCAUUGA